AUGGAGCUGACGAGGCGACGCUGUCACGGCAUUCUGGCUCUUACAGCCUUUGCACUCGCCUGGCGACCGGGUGUGCAGGCCUUUGCCGGCGCGGCCCGUGCCUUGUGGUCCAUGUCGCAGAGAACCGAUUUAAGGCAGUUGCAACAGCCAACUGCCAGACGAGCUGUGAUGGAGCCACCGACCAGGAUGCGCCCUCCGGAUGUGGAAGAUGCAGUACGAUCCAAGGCCAAAGAUUGGGCAGAAUGUUUAGUGCAGUUCGGUGACAGCGCCUACGAUGCGCAGGAGGUCUGGGUCUUCCGCCGGGGAGACUACGAGGAGUUUCAGCGCCUCAUCGGCCUACGGCUUAGCUACCGGAAGCCCAGCGCCCCGGGCGACGCAGAGGAUGCCGGCCCGGCGCGCUUCGGCACGGCACGGCGCGAGGAGGCGAUGCAGAACACCAAAGUCCUCUGCCGGGAGAGGAACAUCGACUCCUCCCUGAUCUGCUCGCAGUGUGUCAAAGUUUUUACAGGCGGUGCAUACGAAGAGGCAGGCAUUGCAGUCCCUGCACACCCCCCGGUGCCGGACGUCCUCGGCUGCCUGGCACUGUCGGUGGGCGACGUGGAUGGGACCGGAAACGAGACGAGCACCCAGGGUGGCAUCGCCCGGAAUCGCUCGCCACUGAAACAGACAUCCUUCUGUAAUUAU